AUGCAUUGGCAUCUGGUGCUCCUCGUGCUCAUCGUAGCAAUACUACCCAUCAAAGCUGAUCUGUCUAAAGUUGUCGCUGUACAGUAUUUCAAUCUCAAAACCGAUGUCACUACUGAUAUAACAUGCACUGGCAUCAAGAAGAUACUGGCAUACACUCCUGAAGUAGGAUGCUACCCAUGUCCACUCGAGCGACAAAUAUAUACAUGGUCAAUCGAAGGUACUCUGGUUGCAUGUGGCGUAUCGUUACCCAUCAAAUACGUCUUGGACGUACCGCUUACUGCUACUAGUAUUGCACAGAUUACAGUGCUCAAAGGUCCUUCCGAGUUGCCAGUGAAAAAUGACAACCAGACCACUACUGAAUCGCCAAAAACGACUGAGAAACCUCGCGAAUCGACGACACAAGCGGCGCCGACGACCCAGAAAGCACCCACUCUUAUCAAUGUCACCGUUACUGUAGGUUACCUCCAGUUUCAAACAGGACAGGCACCAACGUAUGUGAACAAAAACACUCAAGCUGUCGUGUUUGCAGUCAUUGAGGGACUUCUGCUCGGAGCGAUCCUUCUCGUUUUCAUCUAUCGGUGUUACAGGAGGUCAAAACUCAGAGCUGCUGGCUUGUACCCGACUCGAGAUAUCGGCCUACCAAAUCCUACACGUAACUCUGUGUAUUAUGACAAUGGCGGCACACUGAGCUAUCCAAGUCCAAACACUCGUCCUGAAAUCCCAUCCUAUCGCUCGCCGGAUGCCCAGCCACCGUUGCGACUCGAUUCGCUUUCACCACGUCCGCAACAACCGGUCAUCACACCUAACCUAAUGCCGGUUACGUCGACACAGCCGCGUCCGGCUGCUACCACGACAGUUACGCCGGCCCCGUUGAACUACUGGCCGGAUCAACCGCAGCCGAUAAAGAACAUCAUGGACAGCGACAUAUGA